AGGUGAGAAGCCAUACCAUUGUGAUAUCUGUGGUCUAUCAUUUUCUGGAAGUACUUCUUUGACUAUGCACAAGCGUAUUCAUACAGGAGAGAAGCCAUAUCACUGUGAUAUCUGUGGCAAAUCAUUCUCUCAGAGUAGCGCUUUAACUGGUCACAAGCGUAUUCAUACAGGGGAGAAGCCAUAUCACUGCGAUAUCUGUGGCAAAUCAUUUUCUCUAAGUACUUAUUUAAUUAGUCACAAGCGUAUUCAUACAGGAGAGAAGCCAUAUCACUGUGAUAUCUGUGGCAAAUCAUUCUCUCGUAGUAGUGCCUUAACUUCUCACAAGCGUAUUCAUACAUGAGAAAACCUUUUCUCUGUGAGUGGUGACUGAACCCUUUACCAUGCAGGUUAUUCUGUCGAAUGUGAUGUUUAUUUAUUCACAUUAUUUUCAAAUUGUCUUACAUUAUCUCACAGCUUUCAAGUUUUUACGAUAUGAUUGUUUGUAUUUAGAAUGACAUUGUAGGUAGGUGCAAGAGGCCAACUCUGGCUAGUUUGACUGUAAGAUAGAUAGAAAAUUUGGACCAGGUAUGGCCACUUUAAAUGCUAAAGAGCUAACCCUACAAGUAACAACAUUUCUUACUUCCUACAAGGACCAUAGGGGACCAUUUUUGACUGUCAUUGAAAAUCACAUUUAAUACAAUUUAUUUUAAAUAUCAGCAAAUGCAUUGAAUAAAGGAUUUGAAAAUACAUUCUUUUAGCAUUUAUUUACAUGU